UGCCAUGCGGAACCCAAACAAUGUAGUGUAAUGUCAUUCAGCACCAGUGAAAGUAGAUUACAUCGAAGAGGACUCCUGUUACAAUAACAAUAUAUUUAUUAAAAAUAAUCAUUGGACUUUGGGAGUAGAUAGUAAGCAUGGCAUCGGCACAUAUUAUGCCAGGAUAUCACGACCCAGUGUCCAGAUUUCGGCUGGUCCAGUCAGCGUAUCCACUAGACGCCAGGAGAGCGCGUGGCGCUAGCUUAAGCCCCACAGUGCCCGUGGAGUCCUUAGAAUCCAUAAAGGAGAGAGCGAGGUACGAGUGGUCAAAGCCAGACCGCUCUCCCACCACCUAUAACUCUUUUCAUAACGAGAAGAUUUCAGAUGAACCCACGUCGAGCCGUCCUACCUCAGCUCAUAGAAGAAACAACCCCCACCCACCUCUAGUGUUCUUAACCUGUCGUCUUCACCAUGUCCCUGGUUAUCACAAUGCUGAUGCCACUCUAGGAAAGGAAGUUUACAGAGUUGACGGCAGUGCAGGAUUAUCUCCUCGUGAAAAGCAGCAUCGCUCCCAAUUCCGAGCCAAGUUCACGCCAAAAACUUCUACAGCAGCUCUAAGACAGUACGCAGAUAGAGAGCAACUUGAAGAGCUUCUACCCCCUCGAGAGGCUCAAGCAGCAGAGGCGUGGCUUAAACUGACCAAUGAUAAAGAUAAAAGAAGAGUAUUAGAUAUGUUUAAUGGUAUUGGUAUAGAGAAGAAAAUACAGGAUGGGGUCAUUGAUCCAGAGCUUGAUAACAGACAUGCACCAGUGGUGGCAUCUCUUCACAGAUAUUUGAAGAAAGCAGGCAUACAAGAGGAGCAGACCAUUCGUAGAAUCAUGGAUUCCUUAGGCACUAACCCCAACCUCCCCAAUAUGAUGAUUCCUUACCAAACUCUCGGUGAAAAAGGUCCAAGGAGACAGGAAGAUAUAGCAAAGACUCGCCGUGUCACAUAUCGCUACAAACCAACAAGAGGUGACUUUUUAAUGCAUCCUGAUUGGCCACCAACUCUCGCUCCUCACAGCCUUCCUGAUUGGCCCAAUCCUAAAAUGCCACCCACGACUACAAUCCCGGCUCCAUUAUGGAACUGGUAAAUGCUAUUUAGGGUGACAGAGGACCACAAAGACCUAAUAAAGAAGCAAAAAAUGAGGACAUCUUUAUGAUAUGAACUUGUAAUAAAAAUGCUGCUACCAGAUUCAUAUUUUACACCGUGUCAUCAUACAUUUGGUGCUUUAUUAUUUAUUGGUAAUACGCAAAUUUUAGGUCUAAAAAAAGUGAAGUCACAGUAUUUUACAUGGUACUAAGAUUUAGAAUGGUUACCAUGGGGUUUUUGAAACUGUUGAUAUUAAAAAGUUUGGAGUAGAAAAAGGGUUUCCAAGGUAGACUUUUUUGACAACUUGUACUGUUUUCAUGCUCUCUUUAAAUACCAUCUACUCAAACUUUCUCUUUGUACCAAAGGGUAUUUAUUUGAUAUUUUUCAUUCUUUUUUUUUAGAUGUUUUUGUUGUUUAACCAAGUUUCAUUUUAAAAGUGCAUAGAAACAAUUUAAAAUGUUUUUGACAAUGAAUUUGACUUUGAUAUAUGAUGUUUAAAUAUUAUUUGAUAUACUGUAUAUGACUGAUUUCAAAAGACAAAGAUUGACACUUUCUAUAAGAGCUAUUCAUGUGAAGUACAGGCCUUCUGUAUUUCAUUAUGAGAUAAUAUUAAUACCAUAUACAGUUUAUUUAUAAAGACCUGCAUAUACUGUAUAGUCCUCAGCUGUUAGCAAAAGAAAAAAAAACUGCAUAUAAAUGUGGUACUUUUUUAGCACUUUAGAUGUACAUACAACUGCUUAAUGUCUUUAUUUAGUUUACAACUAAUAUGCUUAAUUUCUCUUUUGUUCUUAAUUAUUCUAUUCUAGUCAUUGAGAAAUUUGUGAUUUCAUCAUUGCAUCUUAAUUAAUGAUGCAAUAUUCUGAUUUAUUCUGUUUAACAUGUUCUGAUGAAGAUAUUAAAUAACAAUUUU